UUGAUGGUGGUUCUUAUCCUGACAGCUGUCGCCCUGGUGGACGGCGCAGUCAUCCCGAAGGGCGACUGCGUCGUGUCGAUAAACAGCGACCUCGGUGAUCCUCAACCUCUGGUGCUGGACGGGUCCUCGGCUCGCCCCGCGUUCCUGUACCCGGUUGACGGAAGAGGCACCCUGAGGAUCCCAUCGGGUGAGCCCCUUCACCUGGAGUGUCCUGGGAAGAACAACUACCUGGUGAACGUCGGAUCCAACCGCACCGCGGAUGUCAAGGCCAUCUGCCUCGGAGACAAGACCUUCGAGGUGAACGCCGAUCGAUUGGAGUUCUCCAGCCUGAGGUGCUCGAAGAAGACCAAAGGAGAAGCCAGGGUGACGGGGUCGAAGUGCCUAGGCAAAUACACGCAGGUGGAAGUGGGGUUCGACCUGCCGAAAGGGUUCCUGCGCACCAUGGAAAUCUGCCGGGACGAUGAGACCUACGUCACCUACUACGCGAGGUUCUCGAUGACCAAGUCCAUCUUGGGCAGCCAAAAAGGCUACCCAAGGACCUCUUGGAGCCACGGGGACUUCUACGACGACCACGACCUCGACAACCAGUACCGCAGGGCGUCUCAGAUCGACACCUUGAGCAAGAUCCUCAAUUCCACGGAAUUGGGGAACUUCUACGUGAGCAAGACUACCAAUUACUACUUUUCCAGGGGACACCUCACAGCCAAGACGGACUUCGUCUACGGCGCCGCACAGUGGACGACGUUUUGGUAUCUGAACUCCGCCCCACAAUGGCAGACCUUCAACGGAGGCAACUGGAUGAUGCUGGAGCAGGACGUGAGGGCCUUUGCGAGCGAUCGUCAGCUAGACCUAGAGGUAUACACGGGGGUCCAUGGUCAGUCCACCUUGCCCGACGUGAACGGGCGCCCUCAGCUGUUGUACUUCUACGCGAGCAACGGGAAGAGGGCCUUUCCGGUGCCCAAGUUCUUCUGGAAGAUCAUCCACGACCCGAUUUCCGAAAGGGCCACCGCCUUCGUGGGCGUCAACGAUCCCUACGUCACGUCGCUCACGGAAGAUUACUUUAUCUGCGAGGAUAUCGGCCGCAAGUUCCGUUGGCUCUCCUGGGACCCCAUGGACGUCGCCAUGGGCAUUUCGUAUGUGUGCACCGUGGACGACCUACGUGCCGCGGUCCCCACCGUUCCCAGGCUCCCGGUAACCGAUAUCCUUGUCUGACGAAGGGGAAUACGGCCAGGAAACAGAAAUUCGGAGCGAUCGAAACCCUCGCCCGGGGAUGUGGGAUGCGACGAACGUGCCCUUAUAAAACUUUGUCUCGCGUUCCUGCUAGACCCCGGUCUGGAGCUCCAAGAUCCAGAGUACAGCCGACACGGAGCGUACAUAACAACGGACAGUGCAUUAGAAUUACAAUAUUUACGAUCCGGAUUACGGUCAACCGGUGACCGAUGUGCGCUUAAACGGUGCAGGGAGCGUUACGAUAUUUACGGUCUAGAUUAAGACCAGCGAAACCCGGUUUAAGAAACAGCCCUACUUUUUCAAACCGGAGCAGAUACGAAAGGACGAUAAUUGCCAGGGCGAUCCCGCGGAAUUAAUUACGACCCGAAAUGGAAAUGAACGGCUGAUUCCGCUUUAACAUUCAUUGAAUUCAGGACGAUAUCUCACUCCCGGUGUAACGUUACCGCUCCGAAAUAGGAUAUGCACGGUCUUAGCACCCGUCGACAGGAAAAUCCGUGAAUUUUGCAUAUUUGGAUAAUGGGCCGCGCACAGGUGUUUUAAAUAUGGCCGCCGCCGCGAGUUGGCCGAUGCCCGCCGCACUUUCGUCAGGUGCCGUUUGAGUUAUCGUCGUUUCGGGACCUCCCAGGGCUAGUUUUCCUUAUAAAGUGGCCCGAAAGCCUCGGGCGGAGUGCAUCGGAGCUCGAGCAGGACUUCUUGAAAAUUACGAUGCCAAAGUAUCGGAGCGCCGACCGCUCCGCUGCAAGAACCGCUUAAAUUAUACUUCGGAACUUAAUGCCGCGAGUUUUCUCGCCGAUCGAUAGAGAGGGCGCUUACUCUUGUCAACGUGGCCCGCGGAAUUGAAUUUCCACGACUCCAUCAUAAAGCUCGCCUCCUUUUCUCACUCGCCUCUACAUCUCUCUCUUGUCCUUCCUUUGGCCUCGUCGCGUAGCCUGCUGCCACCCGAAGUCGUGCGAAAUGAACCCUCGGAAUAGAAAAUACUCGUCGACGGUGACAGUAAUAAAAAUGGCGCUAUUAAUCAUAAAUCACGGCCGGGGCUCUACCCAAGGUACAGUGGACCGAAUGUAUUCGCAUGAUAUUACGUAAAUAGAGAGGAGAAACGAUGCGAAUUCUUCCGAAAAGUCCACGCUGGAAGGUGUCAGCGAAGAUCAGCAUACGCGGACUCCAUAUUUCUAUAAUAUUUUCAUAAAAUUCAGAAUGUGCUAAUAGAUCCUCCACGGGGGGAUCGAAUCCGUAAAUUCGGGUUAUAUACAAAAACCCAGCAAGUCCCUUGAAUUUCUACCCGAGGUAAAACUAACGACGUAUCCUACACUCAGAAGAGAAUAUUAUUGAUUCAAAAAAAUAUCUUGAUAAUUUAAAAAAUAAUUAUUGCAUUG